ACAAAAGAAAAAGCGCUAAUAAAUUGUUAAUUGAGUAUCUAAAAUAUAUUUUAUUAAGAAUCUAAAUUAAUGUAUGGUUAACAUCCAAAAAGUGAUAAGAAGUGAAGUGUUUUAAAUUGCUACAUCUUACAGAAAACAUUGAUUGGCGAUAGAAAACAAUAUGCCCGUAUUGUCCAUUGUAUUAUUUAGUCAAGUGGAAUUUGUGUAGGAUCGCGACAGUCGCGAUAGCUAUGACAUGUGUGAGCUGUGUUAAAAUGGAUUAUGGAGUUGAGGAAGGGAUUCCAAGGGAAUUUAUUGAAUUUGAUUUCGCUGAAGAUGCAUUGGAGUUUGAGACUCAAUUAGCGGAGGCCCGCGACGUGAAGUUUACUCAAGCGUUAUCGGAGCCCUUGGCGAUAGGGUCUCAUAUAAUAUGCACAGGCACACCAAGCGAGGACUUGCCAUGGUUUGCAAUAAACAUAGGCACUGGAAACUUGGAGGCGGGCCGCGCCGAUAUAGCUGUGCACUUUAACGUGCGCAUGCCUCAGUGCUACGUCGUGCGCAACACGAGGAGACAUGACAAAUGGGGACCUGAAGAGACUACUUCUUUUAGGCUAUUUCCGUUCAAAACGGACCGACCUUUUACGAUAGAAGCGCUAGUAGACGAGAAGGAGACGUUAUGGGCAGUGGACGGCGAGUUGUACUGUAGUUAUACCCACCGCAACCCAAGCCCCUUGGGAGCCGCCUGGGUGCAAGUGGCCGGAGUACGGGACGCCGAAAUCAAUGUUACCAAGACUGAUAACUAUCCUGUGUUGGCACCGCCUACAGUUGAAGUUCCUUGCCGAUCGUAUUUAGGCGCGCCGGCACAAGAGGAGGAACCAAAUUGGCGGAACAACGUUAUAGCGACACUCAAAGGCGGCGUGCCUGAUGGACAUCAAGUAGUCGUCAGCGGAAGAUUGAGGCCACUCCUACAUUCAUUCGCCAUUGAACUAACGGAUGCCGCACGUGAAUGGCCGCGUCCGAACGUACACGUGCAUGUAAACGUGCGCGCGUACGAUGAAUCUCAGCGGGAUAGGCAGCUGGUCGUGCUCAACGCGUGGCUCGGGGGCUGGGGCGCCGAGCGGAGACAGCGCACCGCCCGCCUCGUGCCCGGCACACAGACUACUUUCCGCCUGGUGCGUGGUCCAGCCGAGUGGUCAGUUUACGCAGAAGACGUUCUGAUCGGAGAGUUGGAGCACCGCGCGUCUCCACAAGGGGUCUCCGCCCUCCGGCUCAAGGGUGACCUCUAUCCGGAACAGAUCUACGUGUGCCCCUUCACUAACUCGCCUGUCGAGACCGAUCAUCACUGAAAAAAUAAAACAAUAAUAAAUUUGUUAUUCUCUACAAUGUUAAAAGCAACUUUACGGAAUAAAUCUACGUACGCCUUUCAACUAACUCGCACGAUGAUUAUUGAUAAAAUAUAUGUAUAAAAACUAAAAUAAAAAAAUUGGUGGUGCAAAAUAUCACACUGCAUAAGGCGUUACGGCAGAUUGGAGAAGACUGGAGUUUGCUUUAAAAGAUCUCUGUAAUAACUUUGGAUUCGGAUUGUUGAACGUGCUUUCUAUAAAAAAUGUUGCAAAGUGCUUUGUAUUAUUUGUACAUUUAUCACAAUUAUGAAUAUUUUGUAAAUAUAAAACACAUGGUCGAUAAUUUAACUUUUUACGCUUAUGAUACACUAUGAUCGUUUUAAACCACGUGUGAUUCAUAUGACAAUACAUAAACAUUUUGUAUCGAAGUAGAGAGUGGAAUGAAUUGAUAUUUGUUUUUGAAGUAAACUAUUUCGGUGAGGCAUAUUUUUUGUAAAGAAUAUAGAAAUGAUUUAUGAUAUUAUAUCUACUAACAUGUAUAUAAUUAUGUAAGUAUGUUAUAUUUGCAAAGUAUAAUCAAAUGUCACAUCAUUACCACUAUUUUUACUAUGUGAAUCUUAUUAAUUAGUGUUAUGUAUCAAUUUAAGUGACUUUAUAUAAAGUUACAAUAUAAUCUUCAAUGUUUGACCUAACGCUCUUCAUGAUAAGGUCCCCCUUUUGUUGUCUAUAUUUUAAAAUAGUUACGCUAAACGUGCCUUUUGUGAUAUAUCUGAUAGCCAAAUAUGCCAAAUACAUACCUAUCUUUAAUUUGGCAUUAAUUAAAUCGCUUAACGUUGCUUACUACUUUACCCUUCCUUUAAUUCGUCUUAACUAUAUAGCCAGUUCCAACUAUGUAGUGAUAUUAUGAAAUACCAUAAUGACAUGAAUCCAUCGCAAAAUUUGUGUACAGAAAAAAAUAUUUCUAACGCAUUUUUAAUUAUAUCAAAGAAGUCAAUUUAGAGAUAAGUACUUUGAAAUGGAAUAGAGCAAUAUAGUAUAUAGGUCAGGCGCUAUCUUUUUUUAUAUCUCUGUAAUCGAAUAUGUAAUAUGAAUAAAAAUAAUGUAAAGCCGUCGCAAUUGUAGUAAAUAUUUGUUUAUC